CUCCAUGCAUAUGUAAGAAUUUUCCGAAUAUUUCCACAAUAGAAACUCUAAAGUUUUACAAAAUUGCACCCCCCAAAUCUUUAACUUUUGGUCGAGGAAAAUCUAUCAAAUAUGGAUCGUCGCGAAGAUGGCGAGAGGUUUGACGGAGAAAUUAGGUUCGACGCGAGGCCACAAUCUCAUUUUCCAUCUGUUCAGGAUCCAAAGUUGUGGAUGGUAAAAUGUGUGAGUGGUUGUGCACGAGAAACAGCUGUUGGGCUUAUGCAAAAGUAUACUGAUAAAGGAGCCGAGUUGCAAAUCCGUUCUGCUUUUAAGCUUGCUCAUAUCAAGAACUAUAUCUUUGUUGGAGCAGACAAGAAGGACCAUGUGAGGGAGGCAUGCAAAGGUUUUCAUAACUUAGAUGCGCAGAAUAUAACGCCGGUCCCAAUUAAAGGAAGGGCUGGUUUUCUUUCAGCUGGAAGAAAGGUACCAGGUCUUUCAGGGUGUCGCUGGGUUAGAAUGAAGACUGGAACAUACAAAGGAGAUCUUGCUAGAGUAGUACUUGUGGAUCAUGCGCGAGAAAAAAUAACAGUGAAGUUAAUUCCAAGGAUUGACUUACAGGCUCUUGCAAAUAAACUGGAGGGAAGAGAGGUUGCCGAAGAGAAGGCUUUAUUACCCCCGCCACGGUUUAUGAAUGUAGAUGAAGCUAGCGAACUAAAUAUUCAUGUGGAGCGAAGAAAUGGCAAUUGUUAUGCAAUUAUUGAUGGGAUGAUAUUUGAAGACGGGUUCUUGGUUAAAACAGUGUCGAUAAAUUCAAUUAGUUUUCAGAACAUCAAACCAACUUCUGAUGAGCUUGAAAAAUUUCGAAAGCCUGGGAAGACUGAUGGUAAUGAUGUUGUGGAAAGCUCUGAAGUGUCCACUGUCAGCUUGAAGCUUGAUGAUCUUGUGCUGUUGAAGUGAGUGCCCAGAAUCAUUGUUGUUUUCUCAAUUAAUGUUUGAACUUUUUUUAUGUUUUCUUUUCCCGAGUAUAUUUUCUCUACUGUAAUCCGGUCAUAAAACUCGAACGCUAUUUCGGAAGUUUAAACAUUUUCACAUUCUAUUUUUUUUU